UGGCGGGCAUCGCCGGUGGGUUGGCAUACGAGCAAGGGAAUGUUGGUGCCCUCCCGCAGACCUGCAAGACCCGUUUGGAUCGGAUAUACGAGACGUACUACUCCAUCGAUGUGUUACCGGGCACCUUAAAUUGCACUAGCGUCCUGAUGGACAACCUGGACAACACGAGUGGGGUGGACUGCAGCACGCCUGAAGAAAUUAGAGCAUGCUUUUAUUAUGCCUACAAGCCAUGGACCAGCUUUGUGCGGGACUGCGAGCUGUUCUCCCUGGCACCCACCUGCACACCUGGGAGCCCCUGCAGCAAACCAGUCUCUGACAGCCCCUGGUGGCUGCGCUCGCUGAACCUGCUGUGGCGACCAGCCAGCUAUGAGUACGGCACCGGUGUUGUGCCCAACAAGGGCGACGGCUGGCAGUACUAUGCUGAUGAGGGCGAGGGCACAAGGAGGAGGUACAGGCGGCUAUUUGCUGAGGGGGAGGGUGGCGCGAGCGGUGCCAGCGCUGGCUGCUUCCCAGACUUUUACACUCCACAGGACUUUGAGGACUGGCUGCAGGGCAGCUUCCAAGACCCAGUGUACACCAACCAGGGAUCCAGCCCAGUUCCCAUCAUCAUCUGGAUUGUGCACAGCGCGGCAAUUCUCUCAAUGGCUGCGUUCUAGGAAUGGUGUCUUGACCGCUGCGGAUUGCGCGGUGACAUCAGACUUCUUAUACUCUAGGUGACAGGACAAGGACCCACAUUGAGGGAUUGCACUGAAGUAUUGCCCUGCUCAGGGUGCAGGUUGAAAAUGAUGGCAAAUUGCUUGAGGUCAUGCAACCUCUGCCUGGGUUGAAUUUUGUUAGCUUCCCCAAAGUUGGAGUGAGUGAGGGGUAGAGAUGCAGAGUAUGUACUGCAAGGAAGCAAACAAACUUGCCUGCCUUCAUUAAUUUAGAGCUAUGCACAUUUUGCUAUCACAUGAUGUUCCCUGCAGAGCGCUCCAAGAUGCAAUUGGUAGACAUUGUAAAAGAGUUGGUAAGAUCAUUUCUGAC